UAUUUUUAUGAGGCCGUUUCAAAGUCCCUCCCUUCCUUUCUCUCUCAUCGGUCUUUCCGUUUCUUCCUCUCAUUGGCCAAGUGCUAUUAGCGCUCACUGUUUCUCCUCCUCCUUCUUCUUCCUCUCUCUUUGUUCCCAUGUGAAUCACCCUACAAUUGGUGCAGUUACCCUCCCAUUUGAAUCCCCGACUCGAACUCUUUCAACAGACCGGUUCGCGACCUCGUUAUCUCCUUGAUCCGUCUGCCAUUAAGGUCUGAGAGAAAUCGGAGAGCGAGAAAGGGCUAUGGCGCAUAGGGUAGACCACGAGUACGAUUAUCUCUUCAAGAUCGUCCUGAUCGGAGACUCGGGAGUCGGAAAAUCCAACAUUCUUUCGAGGUAUACCAGGAACGAGUUCUGUUUGGAAUCCAAAUCCACCAUCGGCGUCGAGUUCGCCACCAGAACUCUUCAGGUUGAAGGUAAGACCGUUAAGGCGCAGAUCUGGGACACAGCAGGUCAGGAGCGGUAUCGUGCUAUUACAAGUGCAUACUAUAGAGGGGCAGUUGGUGCACUGCUUGUCUACGACAUAACCAAGAGGCAAACCUUUGACAAUGUCCAGAGGUGGCUGCAUGAAUUGAGGGACCAUGCGGAUUCAAACAUUGUCAUCAUGAUGACCGGAAAUAAGUCUGACUUGAACCAUCUUAGAGCUGUUUCGGAAGAUGAUGGUCAGUCGUUGGCUGAGAGGGAAGGCCUCUCGUUUCUCGAGACAUCUGCACUGGAAGCCACCAAUAUUGAGAAGGCAUUUCAAACCAUUUUGACAGAGAUCUACCACAUCAUAAGCAAGAAAGCAUUGGCAGCCCAGGAAGCAGCCAGAAAUACCGCCCUUCCCAGUCAAGGAACCGCUAUCAAUGUUAAUGAAUCUUCAGGGAACGCGAAGAAAGGUUGCUGCUCCACUUAAGUGGAGUUUUGGGAGAGGGGAAAGAUUUGCUAGGUGGCAGACUUUUUCUUCUAGAUUAAUUUUUUUUUCCCCUUCCUUUUGGGUGAGAGUCAUGUAGAAUGUAAUUUUACUUCAUUGAGUUGUGAUAAGGAAGCUUGUGAAAAUUUUAAACGACAGUAUUUUUAGUACUUUUUGAGGGUUCGCUCUUUUCAACGACAGUAUUUUUAGUACUUUUUGAGGGUUCGCUCUUGUGAAAAUUUUAAACGACUGUAUUUUUAGUACUUUUUGAGGGUUCGCUCUUCCUUAUGCACCAUUUCUUUCCGUUGCUUUAGAAAGGGGAACUUUGACUUAUACUGUAAUGUUGUUGGAAUAUGGCAUCUGGAGUGGAAGAAAGAGUGGAGCAGAAGAGCCUUGUAAGUCUAGUGCUUUACUCUGUUUUUGUCCUUUUUUUUUUUUGAGUCCAAUCUAACUUGUAAUAAAAGUUUGUGUUACAUUUAAGGCAUGUCUUACAGACAAUUUUCUUUUGCGA